AUGGAUUUAUUCGACAAAUUAUUUAUACACCAGCGCGAAUGCGAGAUCAUCAUAUGCAAGCGAUGCCGGUUCGCCGUCAAUCCAGCCAGUAUAAGAGGCCACAUCCAAAGCAAGCACAAGACCGUCACCAAAUCGCAAUGCGCCGAAGUCGUCGCAUUUGUCGGCGGUUUAUCGCAGGUCGCACAGAUCCCAGAACAAGUGAAAUACCCCGAUGCCAGUAGUUCGGCGAUCCCGGGGAUACCAGUAUACAGAAACGGAUUACGAUGCGUGUUUGAGAACGAAAGCCAAGAUUGCAAUUACACAUGUCGAGAUCGCAGCACCAUGCAGAGGCAUUGUAAGACGCACAAUUACAAGAACCCACGUGGAAAGGGCCGGCCCACCGAAGACACCGAUCGCAGUAAAUUAUGGGUUGAAAACCAACCAUGCCAGGAAUUUUUCAAGACGGGAACAUGGCGCAAGAUGUUUCCCGUGCAGGUGGUGCCAAGUUCCCGCCGGGCAGUCACAGUCGACGUCGUCACCAAGGCCAACGAGUGGAUAGACGGUUUAUUCACCGAGAUGGAUCAGGCGCAGGAAGAAAUCCGCACCGAACGCAAUCGAUACGAGCCAAACCCGUGGUUGGAGCACACCGGGUGGGAGCGUCAUUUGCCCAGCGAUUAUCGACGGUGGAUCACGGAAUUCGUCAAAGCCGAACCCAACACCAGAAAGUUGCAGGAAAGAUUGGGGGAGGAUGAUGAACGAUUUGCCCCCGAUCGAGAGAAGGCAUUGUCGCGUGCAUGCGAGGGUACCGUGUUGUUGAUCCGCCGUUCGUUCCAGACCAGUCGUGUGGAGAUUGUCGGGCGCCAUGCGUUGCAUUGCGUCAAUCGAAGGGAGAACGGUGCGCCGAACAACGACAAGCCAUUUUACGGCAAACAAAAGAUCCAGACGAUCCGCAAAUACGCCAGCGUAUUCACGCAGAUAUUGCGGUAUAUUUGGAGAACGGCGAAAAUGUCGGAGCGGCCAAAGUAUCGAUUGACGGACGCGCAGCAGCAAGCAUUAGCACGAUUGCAGCAUGCGGCAUCCGGACGGAUAUCGAGCAGUCGCGGGCGAGAGGACGUCGUCCGAGCCAGUUCGGAGUUUUGGGUCGCGAUGUUCGAUCACGAUUUGAAGGACAACGAAUUCGAGAACGCCAUGUUGAGCGGGUUGGCCGUGUUGGGCACAUGCGGAGAGAAGAACGGUUGGGUACCGGCCAUAUUUUACACGCCCACAUUGGCCGCGAUGAUCACCAGCAUGCGAGCCAUCAUCGUGCGCCGAGCAUGGCGCAAACGAAUGGAUUACAUCGAGCAGCAAGUGAACAACGGCAUGGACCACGACACGGCCGAGCAAGACGCACCGGUGAUCCAUCAGUUGGUGCAGCAGGACGUGGCAAAGUUCAUGACCAUGACGGAAUAUGGUGGUCAGCCCAGCCCCAUCCAAACCAUUCACACCCAGAAGAUGUACGGUUUGAAGAUCCGAUACACGACAAACGCCGACGGACAGGUGGGUUGGUCCGGACCCAACCACGACAUCAUUGUGGUACGCAAAGUGCAGUUCAGUAUGGGUCAGAUCCGUACGGUAGUGCACGGGUUGUUAGCCACCACCCGCAAGCGAUUGGUAGAGCAGUUGAUGUUCAUGGUUCCCGGGGUCGGCGAUUGGCGAGCAGAAGACAUGCCGAGAUUCGACAUGGCCAGCAUCGUCGACAACCACGCCAUCAUGGACGAGGGGUUCAAUUUCAUUCACGAUGCCCGUAACCCAUGGCCCGUAGAAGGGAAACGAUGGUUAGGGCAGCGGUUGUUCACCGAAGCCCACGUUCGAGCACGAUUCAUGGAGGACAUCGAGAGCCGGAAGUUCAACCCGGACGCAGUAGAGUCGUAUUUGCGGCAAGUGAGGAGAUGGAAGGAGGAGAUGUUGGUGUUGGUGCACAUGUCGGCAGGGGCGCCGGCCAGAGCCACCGAAUUGGUCAGCGUGCAACAGGUCAACGGCGAGAACGCACGUUGUCACCGAGGCAUCAUGAUCGACCAGGGCAUGGUGGCGUUCAUCACGUCGUACCACAAAGGGUUCAGCGCAAGUCAGAGCCAGAAGUGCGUACACCGGUUCGUGCCACAAGAAGUAGGCGAAUUGGUGGUGUAUUAUUUGUGGUUGAUCGAGCCGUUCAUCCGCAUUUUACAGAGCAGUCGCGGCCAGAUGACGUCCAGCCCAUGGUUUUGGGAGCCAGCGCCAGAAGAGGAGUGGGGAGACGAGGAAGAAGAGUGGGCGGAGGAAGACGAAAUGGAAGGGGACGCAGAUUUGCCCGAGGUGCCCGAAGAUCAGAGCGCGGAAGCACGUUUCGUCCAGCAGCGUUCCAAACCGGUGGUCGCACGCAAUUGCGAUGGGUUUUGGGAGACGAACCGGAUCCGCCGAGUGAUGCGUAGGGAGAGCGAGAAGCGGAUUGGAGUGCCCAUCGGGACAUCCGAUUGGCGACAAGCGUAUCCAGAAAUCCACCGCGAGUUUGCCAUCAACCAGGACGUUGCGGGCACAUUAAACCGCAUAUACGCCAACGAGAACCCGUUCAAACAGGGUAUGGAGAUGAGCGAGGAGCAGACGCGCGAAACCAUCCGGGCCAGGCAGUCCGGCCACAGCCCGCAGAUGGAGGAGAGCAUUUACGGGCGGCAAUUGCAGCAGAACCCGUUCGCAAUGCGGCGAGAACAGGAUGCGUUCCGCGAGGUGAGCGUGGAUUGGCACCGUUUCAUGCAGUUUCCGUCGUCAUACGAAGUGCAGAAUGUCAGCCCGGACAUCAGGCGAAGGACCAAACAGGAGCAGGACAGCCGGAAAUUCGAGCGGUGGCAGCAAAUGCGGCAGAUCGACGUGGAAGCCCAGUUGAAGAAGAUGUACGGAGCCCGAGCCCAGUUUCGCGGCAAGCAACGAGAGGCAUUGGAUGCCAUCGUCAGCGGCCAACCCCGGAUCGUCGUCGUGAUGCGCACAGGCGGUGGAAAGAGUUUAUUGUUCAUGUUGCCAGCAGCAGCAUCACGAGACGGAGUCACGAUCGUCGUGAUGCCGAAGAUCAUGUUGCAGGAGGACAUGGCCGACCGAUGCCGCAAGGAUGGGAUCCGGUGCGCGAUUUGGAGCGACAGUCGAGCGCCGCCGUACGAUGCACAGAUAGUGUUCGUUAUCGCCGAGUCGGCGGUGUCGCAGUCGUUCGCGGAUUACAUCAACGCGAAGAUGUUGAAUCAGCAGUUGGAGCGAGUCAUCAUCGACGAGUGCCAUUCCGUGUUGCAAUCGACCAAGAAGUUCCGCCCGAAGGUGUUGCAGUUACGUGAAUUGAUCAGCCGGCAGACGCAGGUGGUGUGUUUGACGGCAACGUUGCCGCCACGACGAGAGCCAGCAUUCAUGUCGACCAUGGACAUGCAGCCCAGCGAGGUUCGCAUGGUCCGAGAGUCGACCGUACGACCAAAUAUCCGAUACAGCGUGAUCACGUACGACGACGAAGUGGAGACGUUGCGGCACAUCAUCAACGGCAAGUUGGUCCAGUACCCCGCCGAGGAUCGCAUCGUGGUGUAUUGUCACAAGAUCAUAGAGAUGCAAUCAUACGCCGACGAGAUCGGGGGCGCAGUGUUUUACGGCGGGGUGGGAGAGAUCGAGCGGAAGCGGGAGAUCAUGGCCAUGUUGACCGAGGGUGAAGAACGGUUGUUUUGGUCGACGAGCGCGUUGGGAGAAGGGAUCGACGCCAGCACCAUCCGAGUGGUCAUCCACGUCGGCGGCAUCAACAAAUUGGACGAUUUCGGACAACAGAGUGGAAGAGCCGGCCGGGAUGGCAUCACCGCAAGCGAGAGCAUCGUGUUACGGGCGCAGAGGGUGAACCAGCAAGGUCAACCGUACAUGGUCAGGACGGGAGGGGAGGAGCCGGAGAUGUUGGAAUAUUUGGAGGGCAGGCGUUGUCGGAGGGCGGUGUUGGACGCCGACAUGGAUGGCGACAUCACACGGACGAGUUGCCGCGCAGGCGAGCAGUUUUGCGACGUGUGUCGUGGCGAGGGUCGGAAGCGGAUUCGUGUGCAGGUCAGGCAAGGAGAAAGCCAGAUCAAAAGAGCACGAUUGCAAGAUGUCACCCCCACCGGACACCGCCAAACGGCCAAGCAGCAGGCAAGGGACAUGGACGUGCAGCGAGAACGGGAGGAGAGCGCGAGACGACAAGAAGCACAGCAGCAGCAAAAGGAGGCACAGGAACGAAAAGCGGCCGAAGCGACAUGGAUGCGGGAGCAACGAGAACAAGAUUCGAUGCAGACACAGCAACAGCAUCGCAACGUCGAACACGCCAGCAUGGUGGAGCGAUUGAUAGAUUUGUUCGAUCGUUGGAAGGUGGGUUGCAACAUAUGUCGGGUCAACGGAAGGGCGGCGGGAAGGAAGGGUUGGCGAAUAUGCGGAUGCACAUCGGCGGAGGACCAGGCGGAGAUCGACAAGGCAUGCAGUUGGUUGAGAACGAUACGAUGGAAGGCGGCGUGGACGGCGUGUCAUUAUUGUUGGGCGCCACAAGCGAUAUGCCAUUCGUGGGAAGCCGUACACGAGCACGGGCCGACGAGAUACAGGAAAAGCGGGCAGGGAGAAAGGUGCCAGUAUCGGGGUUGUUUGAUGGAAGCGGUGGCGAUCAUCAUGUUCCACGGCGGCGACGAAGUCAUGACAUGGAUAUCCGACGAGAUCGAGAAGACGGACGGGAGAAUGGAGGCAAACGAGUGGUUGGGUGGGACGAUCAAGGAGGACGGGGUAGAAAUGAGCGGAAUGGUGUGGUUGUUUCAUCAAUGGGCGGAAAAAGAGCGCGGAGCGUUGCAGGAAGGAAAGCGGAGGGGUUCGAUGGAUUCAUGGACAUUUUGA